AUGGCGCAAAUCCGCGUGGUUCCGAUCUUCGAAGAUGACUCUGACGAUUAUGAGCAGCUCUUCAAUGCAGAUGCACUUUCCCCCGGCAACGAUAUGAUUGUUGACUCGGAAGAUCUACUCAACGAUGCAGCAGAGGCUGAGAAAGAUGACGGCGACAUUGCCAUCAUCAACCCAGAAGACGAGCCGGUAUUCCGGGCUGAUGACUUUGAGGGCAUGAAAGAGCUUGUCCUUCCUCUUCUCCCGGAACAACCUCCUGUCCUCGAGGACAAAGUACACACUUGGGCGAUAGAGAACUGGCGAGACCAUCCGCGGAGGGAUCAUGGCCCUACCUUUGAAGCCGGGGGCCAUCCUUGGCGCGUUCUUUUCUUUCCCAACGGCAAUAAUGUCGAUUACGUUUCCCUCUACCUCGAGCAUGCCUAUCCGGAAGGAACCCCCCCAGAUGAUUUUGCCUGCUGUGUACAGUUUGGGCUGGUUGUAUGGAAUCCAGAAGCACCAGCCAUCUACCAAUAUCAUACUGCCCACCACCGAUUCACAAAGGAGGAGGGCGACUGGGGAUUUACAAGAUUUGUCGAAUUACGGAAGCUAUACACGGCCCCGUGGGAUGAUUCUGGCCGCUACUUAUUGGGAGACAAUUACACUGCGAAUAUUACUUCGUAUGUAAGAAUUUGCAAGGACGAGACUGGGGUCUUAUGGCACAACUUUAACAACUAUGAUUCGAAGAAGGAGACCGGCUACGUCGGACUGAAGAAUCAAGGCGCUACCUGCUACCUGAACUCACUCAUACAGUCUUUGUACUUCACAAACGCAUUCCGAAAGGCUAUCUAUCAAAUUCCUACACAAGAUGAAGAGACCCUCCAGAAUAGCGCAUACACCCUCCAACGACUCUUUUAUCAACUCCAAACAUCGAACACUGCCGUAGGCACGAAUGAGCUUACCAAAUCCUUCGGCUGGGAAACGAGACACAUUUUCGAGCAGCAGGAUGUACAAGAGCUUUCUCGCAAGCUUAUGGAGCGCAUGGAGGAGAAGAUGAAGGGAACUGAGGCCGAGAAUGUUCUGCCCAAGCUCUUCUGCGGCAAGGUCCGGACUUACAUUUCGUGCAUCAACGUCGAAUAUGAAUCUCGGCGGGUUGAAGAUUUCUGGGAUAUCCAGUUGAACGUCAGCGGCAACAAGAAUCUCGAGGAGAGCUUCAAGGAUUAUGUCCAAGUUGAGGUUAUGAAUGGCGAGAACCAAUACUUUGCAGGCGAGCAGUUCGCGCUCCAGGAUGCCAACAAAGGAGUCAUCUUCGAGACGUUCCCCGAAGUCCUCCACUUACAGCUCAAGCGGUUCCAAUACGACAUUGACCGCGAUGCGAUGAUGAAGAUCAACGAUCGCUACGAAUUCCCCGAGACUUUUGACGCAGCGCCGUACUUGUCUGAUGACGCAGAUAAAUCAGAACCCUGGAUUUAUCAACUCCAUGGUGUCCUGGUCCACAGUGGUGAUCUCAACGCUGGUCACUACUAUGCAUUCAUCAAGCCAAACAAAGAGGGAUGGUUUUACAAGUACGACGACGAUAAAGUUACAAAGGCUACCAUGAGAGAAGUGUUAGAAGAUAAUUUUGGUGGUGAGUUUUUACUGCCAAACGGUCCAAUGGCAAUGCGUGGUAAAACGAAACCAAUCAUACGCCAGAUGUCCGCCUACAUGUUGGUUUAUAUCCGCCAAAGUCGACUCGAUGAAGUUCUCCUUCCUGUGACCAAAAGGGAUACGCCACCACAUCUCCAGAAGAAACUUGACGAAGAAGCAGCAUUGCGCGAAAUGCGCAAGAAAGAACGAGAGGAGCAACACCUGUAUCUGGGCUGCAAGGUCAUCACGGAGGAUACUUAUCGAGCUCAUGGCGGAACGGACUUGACUUCUUUUGAUCGCGCCAACAGCGAGGAUGAGCCUGCUGCCCCCCGAUUCUACCGACUCCUUCGGAAAUCUACGAUAGGAGAAUUGACAGCGAAAGUUGGAGAGGACACUAAUGUUGACCCCAAGCGAAUACGUCUCUGGGCUAUGGUCAACCGGCAAAACAAGACUAUUCGGCCAGAUGCACCGAUUUCCGAGAUGAAUACAACAGUCGAGGACGCCUAUCAGCGAUUGGGGGGUAGCAAGUCUGCGGAGUUACGAUUAUGGGCAGAGGUAGCUGAGGAGGUUAACAUCGAUGGCAAUGCCAUUUGGCCAGCGACUCCAAGUCAAACGAAUGGAAAUGCACCAAAGACCGAUCUUAUUGUUUUGUUCCUGAAAUGGUUCGAUGUUGAAAGCCAAUCUCUGUCGGGGGCGGGUCACAUUUACAUCAGUAGGGAGAAGAAAGUUGAGGAUUUAGUCCCAGUUAUUCUAAAGAAGAUGGGCUGGAUAGAGAAGACGCAGCUGCGGUUGUUUGAAGAGAUCAAGCCAAAUAUGAUUGAGCCAAUGAAGGCCAAGCAGUCUCUCAAAGCAGCUGAGCUUCAAGAUGGGGAUAUUGUCUGUUUCCAGAAAGCGGACGUCAAGUCAUCGGAAAGCGAUCGAGAGUCCGUCACAUAUCUCACCAAUCAGUUGACGCUUGCUGACAACGACGACAGGAGCGUUUCCUCAAAGUCUUCUUCCGACAAGACCUCGUUAUCGAAAUCGAACCUGGGCCUGGACCGCAUCGACAACGCUCAACAGUUCUAUGAUUUUCUCGUUCACAGACGAGAAGUCAGAUUCCACCCUCAUCCGACACGAAAUGCCAAUCCCGAACUGUAUCAACCGUUUGAACUGAUUCUUAGCAAUAAGCAUUCUUAUGAUCAAAUUGCAGCAAAGGUGGGAGAGCAUUUGAAGGUCGACCCAACACAUCUCAGAUUCUGGACCGUGAAUGCUGCAAAUGGAAACCCAAAAGCAUCCGUAAAGCGUGGACAAAGUCAGAGUCUCUCAACCAUUCUCAACCCGCCAUACAGCACCUUCGCCAAUAACAACCAACGGCCUGAUGCCCUUUAUUUUGAGGUUCUCGACAUCAGUCUAACAGAACUGGAUACCAAGAAAGCUUUGAGAGUUAUUUGGCUGAGCGAUGGCAUGUCGAAAGAAGAACCUUUUGAUAUCCUUGUCCCCAAGAACGGCACAGUUGAAGACCUGAUUGCAGCACUCAUUAAAAAGGCACAACUGGACGACGAAGAGAAAGCUGGCCCCAUUCGAGUUUAUGAGACUCACAGCAGCAAAAUCCACAAGAACCUCAUCCGGGAAAGCCAAGUCAUGGGCAUCACGGAGUAUGUCCAUGUCAUUGCCGAAAGAAUUCCGGAAGAGGAUCUGGAGCCAGGAUCAGAGCUUAUCCAAGCAUUCCACUUCCAGAGCGAACCAAGCAAGUCACAUGGAAUUCCUUUCAGGUUCAAGAUAAUUCCUGGUGAAGUAUUUUCGGACACCAAGAAACGAUUGGAAAAGCGAACUGGCAUGAAGGGCAAAAACUUCGAAAAGAUAAAAUUCGCCAUUGUCAAGCGAAGCUCUUAUUCGAAACCUACAUAUCUCACUGAUGACUCCAUCCUUGAUGAGAUGCUGACGGCAGAAGACGAUAUGCUCGGCUUAGACCACGUUGACCGAUCACGCGUUGUUAGAAACGGAGUGGAUUUGUUCCUCAAGUAG